AUGUGCAGGCUUCUCAUUUACAAGGGAGAGUCGCCUAUCCUUCUCGCAGAUAUUCUGACACGUCCCACCCACUCCAUCAUCAACCAAGCCUUCGACUCCCGCCUGCGCAUUGAUACACGGCGGCCCAUCAACGGCGAUGGCUUCGGUGUCGGCUGGUACUCACAUCGUCAAGACGUUGGCAAAACCGGACCUGGCCCAUGCAUCUUCACCUCCAUCAACCCAGCCUGGAACAACCAAAACCUCCGGCGUCUCUCUGAAAAGACACUCUCGUCUCUCAUCUUUGGUCACGUACGAGCAAGUACCGCUGGUGUGCUUGCAGAAGUGAAUUGUCAUCCAUUCUCUUAUGGAACACUCCUUUGGAUGCAUAAUGGUGGUAUUGGCGAGUAUCCAAAAGUGAAACGACGACUUCAUGCCUUGUUGCGUGAAGAAUACUUUCUCUACAUGCAAGGCUCAACAGACUCAGAGUGCGCAUUCGCCCUAUUCCUCAAUUGUCUGCACGAUUUGGGCUUGCCACCCGACCAACACACACAAUUCGAAGCAACCCAGCUUAGACAAGCAAUGCUCAAUACCAUCGCCAUCAUCAAUCGCUUGACAAAGGAAGCCGGCUGUGUUGAACCUUCGCUUCUCAAUUUUGCAGUGACGGACGGCAGAGACGUCGUGUGCACGCGCUACAUUUCUUCACGCACAGAUGAAGCUGCAUCGCUCUUCUUUUCCUCAGGAACGUCCUUUCAUGCCUAUACGCAAUCAGACGGUUCGAUUGGGUAUCGCAUGAAUCGAGGGAAAGGGCAGAGUAUUGUGCUCAUUUCUAGUGAGCCAUUGACAUUUCAACGCGCAGAUUGGGUCACCGUACCAACCAACAGCAUCCUGACCAUUCGAGAAGGGACUGUCUUGAUACAUCCUAUUCUCGAUGAGCACUUUGUUGACCAAGUGUCCCACACAAGGGUAUCCUGCUCAAGCUAUUGUGGUACCCAGCUAACCAUAUAG